GGGGCGUCGGGAGGGAGGGUAGGGGCGUCGGGAGGGAGAGCAGUCCCCUCGGACGUGGCCCAGAGCUGGUUUCACUACCGAGCGAACAGCGGGGGGCACCUCUUGGGCCAGGGGCACCCUCGGCCACCCGCGCGAACUGGAGUGCCGGGGGGCCAUCGCGGCGAUAAGCGCAGGCGCUCCUCGUCGAGCGCGGGGGCCGGUAUCUGCCACCUGCCGCUCCGGGGGGCCAUGGCGGGCCCCGCGCUGCACUGCUCCUCGUUGCGCGCCACGUGCAGAGCCAGCCGCUCGGGGUCGAGCGCGGCGCCCCGCAGCCGGAGGUACCUCUCCUCCACGCCGGCGAUGAACGCGGCCAUCUCGCGCGGGGCAUGCUCGAUGAUCCUCAGAGCGCGUCUGUCCACCCCCGAAUGUUGAAGGAAUUCCGGACCACGUCCUUGCUGUAGUCCUUCAGGUCGUCCUCGACCUCCACGAGCAGCUCCGCCUCCCGCAGGAAGGCCAGCGCCUUCUCGUCGUAGGGGGCCCCGCGCAGCUGGUACAGCAGCAAGUUCAGACCCUGUAAUCGAAGCUCUUCAGCGCGAGGGCCCGCUGGGCCUCCUCGACCGUCGCGGCGGAGGGGGCGCGGCAGAGGCGCCGCUCCAGCGCCCAGUACUCGAGGCUCCCCACCAUCCUCCAGCUCCCGCCGCACUGCCUCGUCUAGCAGCCCCCGCGCCCGCAGGAAGCGCGUCAGUAGGCCCCGAAGGCCGCGUCGCUGCCCUCCGCCUCCUCUAGGGUGGCGGCGGCGGCCGGGGGCGCGCUGCCGUCGCAGGCCUCCACCUCGGCCUCGUUGCGCUCGUCGCACUCGUAGAGGCUGGCCUCCACGAAAUAGAGGACGUCCAUGAAGUUGAGGAAGGCGUCUACGGGAACUCGGUGGAGGGGGAAGUUCGAAGGAGAAACAACGCCGUAGACACGCAGCCGCGAUCGAGUGGAGAGGGCACGCGAGAGGACACAGUACACUCCCGAGGGGCACACUGCCUCAGGAACGCAGAGGACGUGGGGCGCGAAACGCAGGACACGAGGGUGCCCUUGACUCGUGGAAGGGCCGAUCUACUGAUCCAACUCGGCUGUGAACUUUCGGAGCUCCGCGAGGAUUUCUUGGAUCUGCGCUGGACCCCCUUCCCUGGCGCGCCCCGCACGCCAGGGAAAAGGGCCGAUCUACUGAUCCAACUCGGCUGUGAACUUUCGGAGCUCCGCGAGGAUUUCUUGGAUCUGCGCUGGACCCCCUUCCCUGGCGCGCUCCGCACGCCAGGGAAGGGGGAGCUCCGUCGUUUUCGCGUCAAAGCGAGGGCCUCCGGCAGCCGCUCGGGACGAUCCUGGCACCCCUGGAACGCUCUCGGCCAGGCGUAGCCGCUGGAGAGCAUCCCGAGGCCGGAAAGCAGUCGAGGACCAGCGAGAGCGCCAGAAACCUUCAAGCCUCGAACUUCCGCGCGGAGGCUUGCCAGUUCGUGGUCAUGCGUUUUUUGUCCCUCGAGAAGUACGACCGCACGAAGUCCUCCACCGUGGCCCGGGAGCGCUGCAGCGACGCGAAGCCCAGCGUGGGCCCCGUGGCCGCGCCAGCAUGCUCAUCGCCCAUUCGUUCGGGGGGGCUCCCUGCGCACGCCCUGGAGUGCGAGUGUGCCUGGCCCUGCCUGCUCACGCCUGGAGCCAAGAACGGGCCUUG